CCACACCUGUGUCCCCAUGGUGGGGGGGGCUGCAGACCCGGGACCCCCACAUCUGUGUCCCUUCCUGGGGCGCUGCCACACACCUGAGUCCCCUCCCAGGCGGCCCUGCCCGGUGGCCUUGGGCUGGGCUAUAACUGCGCGGCGAAGGCCCCGGCGCGGCCCGGGAGGUGACAGCCAUGGCGUCGGCGCUGCUGGUGCUGCUGGUGGCCGCGGUGGCCGCGCUGGGCCGGGGGGUGCAGGCCCAAUGCCCCACGGCGGCGGAGCUGCGCCCCGACAACGGCACACAGCUGUGCGCGCUGCUCUACGCCGACAACAGCCCCUACUACGAGCAGUGCUGCGCCGGCGACGCGCUGGAGGUGCUGCCGGGCAGCGACAUGCCCUACAUGCCCCGUGGGUGGUCCGGCCGCGCCUCCUCCCUCGUGGUGGGCACCGGGUGCGAGCUCACCGUGUGGUCGCGCCGGGCCAAGGGCGGCAACUCGCAGCACUUCGGCGCGGGCGCGGUGCCGCGGCUGCAGGAGGUGCGCCGGGGGCUCUUCGGGGACUGGAACAACGCCAUCCGGGCCCUCUACUGCACCUGCAAGUGAGCGGCAGCGCGGGGCGGCGCGGCGGCGGGACCGGGGCUGAGGGCGGGCAGCGGGAUGUGCCACGAGGCAACGCGGGGCAACGUGAGCCAGUGUGGGCCGGCACGGGUCAACGCGAGCCAGCACGGGUCAACGUGAGCCGGCACGGCUCAAGGUGAGCUGGCGCGGGUCAAUGCGAGCCGGUGCGGGUCAACGUGAGCCAGCGCGGGUCAACGCCACCCAGCACGGGUCAACGUGAGCCAGCACGGGUCAACGUGAGCCAGCGCAGGUCAACAUGAGCCAGCGUGGGUCAAGGUGAGCCGGCACGGGUCAGCGCGAGCCAGCGCGGGUCAAGGUGAGCCAGCGCAGGUCAAGGUGAGCUGGCGCGGGUCAACGCAAGCCGGCGCAGGUCAACGUGAACCAGCACGGGUCAACGCGAGCCAGCACGCGUCGCUGCGCAUCAUCGCGGGCCAAGAGCAGCCAGCAUGGCUCACCUGACCCAACGUGGGCCGAACCAACCCCGAGCUGGCUGCGAGGUGCCGACGUGAGCCAAGCUGAGCCGCCACAAGCCAGCGCGGGCCAAGCCAAGCCAACGUGCAGCAGCACUGGCCAAGAUUCACCAUCGGGGCCAAGCCAAGCCGAGCUGGGCCAACGUGAGCCCGAGACCCCGCAUGUGCCAUGGGCCACCGCAGCCCCCCGCCCCCUGUGCAGCCAAUAAAGCCCUGAGGCAGCAUCA